AAGAAAAAGAAAAUACUUCAGUCUCCACACGAGUGAGGCAGAGAGCGGAAGGAGCGGCGCCGCCGGCGACCUCACGCCGGCCGCCCCGUCCCCGGCAGCAGCCGGCCACCGACGAUUCGAGCUUGACUUUUGUUCGGAACCCUAGCCGGCGGUUGAGAAGGACAGUGGGAGCGAGCGAGAGAGGGAUACAGGAGGAGGCUCAUGGAUCCAGCUCAGAUUCAGAUUCCCCAACGGGUCGAUCCAAGUGUGGAUGGCAAGAGGCUGCGGUGUUCCGCAAUGCCGGCUGGCCCCCUAUCCAAGGAUGCCGACGAUACUGGUUCCUCGCCAGCGCCGCUGGACGAUGAGAAUCUCCUCCAGGAAAUCCUCCUCCGCGUCGCUCCGCUGCCAUCCGCACUCCCCCGUGCCUCCCUUGUUUGCUUGCGCUGGCGCAGCAUCCUCUCUGACCCACAAUUCCUCAGCCGCUACCGCAAACAUCACCGGAAACCCCCUCUGCUCGGUUUCUUCGCAGGGAAUACUGGCACAAGUUACAGUUUUGUUCCUCUUCCGAUCAUGAAGCCGAACCGCAUCCCGGAGGAGCGCUUCUCCGUGCCCAAGAGCAGCAGUUCCUAUGACCACUGGUACUUUCUAGGCUGCCGCCACGGCCUCGCCGUCAUGGUCCACGACAGCGGGCGUGUGGCCGUCAUAUGGGAUCCUCUCACUGGUCGGCAGCACCGCGUGCCUUUUCCACCAGGUCUCUGCAACGCCAAACAUGAGGGUUUGUGGCUCUGGCACACAGCCGUGCUGUGUGCUGACACCGAAGAUGGGCAUGUGCAUGGCGAUUGUUUCUCGAGCCCGUUUAGAUUGAUUUUGAUGUGCGGCGGAUACACACAGGCAUUCGCUUGUCUCUAUGAAUCGAUUUCUGGAGCAUGGGGAAAUAUUGUCUCGACUGUGACUACAGAUGCGAUUCUUCGUCUCAGGCCUAGCAUCCUCAUUGGGAAUGCAGUUUACUGGUUGUUUGUUCGAGGUGACAUACUUGCAUUUGAUAUUGAAACGCAGACCCUUGGUGUGAUCAAGAAGCCGGAAGCUGCUCAUCAUACCAAUUGCUACUCCUUUCAGCUGUUGCGAGAUGAUAGUUACCUUGGCUUCGCAGUUAUGUCGAAACCGAGCAUCCAGUUAUGGAAGAGGAAAUCAGAAUGUGAUGGUGCUCUCGAAUGGGUGCUGCUGCAGAAAACCAUUCAUCUGGAGGCGCUCUUUCCACAGGAAAUGCGUAUCGACCACAAAAAGGCAGAGAUGGUUGGGUAUGACGAGGACUCAGAUGUGAUUAUCUUGUCGACAUACAUUGGUGACUUCAUGCUCCAACUUAAGUCGAUGCGGUUCACCAGAUUUUCUAAAAGAAACUGCUGGUCUCACAAGACCCAUUAUCCAUACAGAAAUUUCUAUACCGCGGCUUUUAUAGAAUAUCCACAUGUCAUCUGGGUGAUGGUUCAUCGAUCUUGUUUUGGAAGGACAAAGAUGCACAGAGGAGCUCUCGGGUCUUCAAUUCCUCAGGCUGUCCACUUUUUGCCAAGAACAAAGAUGCUUGUGCCCAUGUGGAUGCAAGCGCGCACAUGCUGAAUUCAAACAAGUUCAGGCGUUCAUCGGGCCUCUGAUUGAGCAAAUUUAGCAAAGAGCCUUUCAUAGAAGGUACUCCUGUGGCUGCUCUUCAUGGCCCGUUCAAAAUACAAGGAAAUGGCGGACGAGGAGUUAACUGAUAUCAUGGUAGACAUGGAGUUUGGAGAACUGAUGAAAGACCGGAUAGAAGAUUGGCCAGAUGAUGAAAAUUCAGAUCGUGAAGAUCGGUGAGAGAAUGGGAACGAAUAGGACAAUCUUAAUAUCGAUGAGCUUGAUGAUGAUCACGAAAACAACUUGGAGCUCUCGAAUGAAGAUUACAUUAGUCAGUUCAUUUACGAAUGUCAUAAUGCGUACGACUAUUACGGUGAAUCCGACGCGGAGACAGGCCUUAACGACGAAUCAUUAAAUGCACCUGGUUCUGGGGAGUCCGAGUCGUCGGUCAUCAUGAGUGAGGUGACACAAGAUGAUGGGGCAAAGAAUGUCCAAGAUACUGCCAGUGCAGAUGAUAAGAGGGAUAUGUUCAUGUAGAUAAUGAAAAUGACCUUUACGUCUCACGAUGCUGCGUAUGAUUUCUACAACAGCUAUGCUAGAGAUAAUGGUUUCAGCAUUACAAAGAAUAAGGUCAGGUAUACGAGGCCAUGUCUGUACAUGCUAGGCUUGUCAACACCCGUUGUAUUCGAACGUUAGAAUCUAUCACACCCGAUCAUCACGUGGUGCUUCGAAACAACGAACCUUC